UAUGGUAUCAAUCAUAUCAACAUUUGUCGUAUUUAUUGGCAUAGUUGCCUAAUAAAACUAAAGUUGAUAUAAGAAGUCAUCUUGCGAUAAAAAUAUGUAUAUUGUAGCUGAAAAUUCAGUAGUCAAACCUAUGCUUUGUUAUGUCGACGUCGAUAUCUGAGUAUUUUAAAUUUACAUUACAUAGAGAAACUUUAUUUGGUCGAAAUAUAUCUUUGUGUCAACACAUUGACUGCGCCAAUUCGCAACGCAUAAAAUUCCACGCAACCUGCGUAUUUAGCAGUCUAACUUUAGUGAGGUUAACAUGGACAAAAUCAAGUUCAAAAUCAAUGGUAACAAUUGUGCUGUCGGUGGAGAAGUAUGUUCGAAAUUGACACUUGUCGACUAUCUACGCAAUGUGCUGGAGCUGCGAGGCACUAAGUACAUGUGCAGGGAAGGUGGAUGUGGUGCCUGCAUUGUGACUGCCGUCAAGUAUCCUGGUGCACAACCGGUCGCAGUCAAUUCUUGUUUAGUGUCUAUAACGUCUUGCGAAGGUUGGGAAAUAACCACAAUUGAGAAAGUGGGAAAUAAACUAGAUGGAUACCAUAAACUACAGACGACCUUAGCGGAUUACCAUGGAACUCAGUGCGGGUAUUGUACUCCUGGAUGGAUAAUGUCUAUGUACAGCCUUCUGAAACAAAAUAAAGACUUGACAAAACUCGAUAUAGAGAAAUCUUUUGGGAGUAAUAUAUGCAGAUGUACUGGAUACAGGCCUAUACUAGAAGCAUUUAAAACUUUUGCAAAAGAUGCAUCAAAUAAUUUACUGGAUAUUGAAGAUCUUGCUAUAUGCAAUAAAACUGGUAAAAAGUGUAUACCAGAAAAUUGUGAUGAAGAAGACUGGUGUCUUUUAUCAAAAGAUGACGAUGAUGCAUCCACUAAAAUCUCGAUUGAACUAAAGGAUGGAAAGGAGUGGUUUACUGUUUAUACGAUAAAAGAUAUUUUUGAAGUGAUGUCCAAAAUUGGAGAAAACUCAUAUAUGUUAGUUUCGGGAAACACAUCUAAAGGUGUAUUUCCUAUUGAUGAAUAUCCACACUGUCUUAUCGAUAUAAGCAAGGUAUCUGAAUUGAAGGGUAACUAUGUUGAUCAGAACUUAGUCGUUGGAGCUGGAAACACCUUGACUGAAAUACUUGAUAUCUUACAAACUAAAGCAAAAGAAGAAGAUUUUAUAUAUCUUAAUAAGUUAUACGAUCAUAUCAAUUCUGUCGCAAGCAUUCCAGUUAGAAAUCUGGGAUCAUUAGCAGGAAAUUUGAUGGUUAAACAUCAACACAAUGAGUUCCCUUCAGAUUUGUUUCUUUUGUUGGAGACUGUAGGAGCAAAAUUGUCUAUUUUAACUGGAAAUGCCGAUACUACGCAGAUAGUAUCUAUGGAAGAAUUUUUGAAACUGGAUAUGAAAUUUAAAAUAAUAUCAAAAGUUUUAUUUCCUCCACUUAACAACGAAUGUCAAAUAGUUACAUUUAAGAUAAUGCCAAGAUCACAAAGUGCCUUUGCAAUCGUCAACGCAGGUUUCUUUUACAAGUUUAAAAGCGAUCAGAAAAUUAUACAAUGUCGUCUAGUAUUUGGUGGGUUAUCACCAACAUUUGUUCGUGCAAACAAAACCGAAAAGUUUUUAAUCGGGAAACCAUUAUUCAAAAAUGAGGUUUUGCAAGAGGCAUUGAAGAUUUUGGAAGAUGAGUUAGUUGUGAUAUCUAUACCACCAGCAACAUCAGUAGCAUAUAGAAAGAAACUUGCUUUGGGAUUGUUUUACAAGGGGCUAUUAAUAUUGUAUCCAGAAAAUUUACUUGAUGCAAAAUAUAAUUCUGGUGCUACCAAACUACACGAAACGCGACCUGUGUCCAACGCUCGACAAGUUUACGAUACUAAUCCAGCGUUGCCUUUGAAUAAGCCAAUUAAUAAAGUAGAAGCAUUAUUUCAGUGUUCAGGGGAAGCCGAAUACAUAGAAGAUUUACCUUCAUUUCCUAAUGAAGUAUUUGCUGCAUUUGUUUUGGCAACUGUACCGAAUGGAAAAAUUGAAAAUAUUGACCCCAGUAAAGCUUUGGCCAAACCGGGCAUUAUCGCGUUUUAUGCAGCAAAAGAUAUACCUGGAGUCAAUUCAUUUACUCCACUUGGUAUAGGCGGAGUAAGAGCAAACGAAGAAAUUUUGUGUAGUGGACAAGUAAAGUAUUAUAAUCAACCUGUUGGUAUUAUAGUCGGAGAAUCUAGAUCUAUAGCUGAAGAUGCAGUUAAACUCGUUGAAGUUAAAUAUAGUGGUACUAAUGAACCUAUAGUUAUCGAUAUUAAACAAGCGGCAAAUGAUGAUAAACGAAAACAACCAUAUGCAACUAUAGAAGCAACUGGUAGAGGUUUUGAUGUAGAGAAAGUUAUAAAAGGGAAAAAUCAAAUACAAGCACAAUAUCACAUGUGUAUGGAAACAUUGGUUAGUCUGACUCGACCUACUUCACAAGGAAUCGAAGUACAUUCGUCUACGCAGUGGCCAGAUGGCACGCAAGUUGCUAUAUCUAGGACAUUAAAUAUAGAUUCGAAUAGGAUUGAUGUAUACGUAAUUCGUGUUGGUGGAUCAUUUGGGAUAAAAAUAAGUCGUUCAUUGCUCAGCGCUGUAGCAUGUAGCCUUGUAACAUAUAAACUGAAUAGGCCUUGUCGGCUAAUACAAUCAUUGACUACCAACAUGAAAAUUUCUGGGAAAAGAUGUUCAUGUUUAACUGAAUACGAAGUAGGUGUAGAUCUGCAAGGAGCCAUACAAUAUGUUGAUUACAACAUGUAUGAAGAUCAAGGAUAUAUAUGCAAUGAAGAAUUAUCAGCAGAUACGACCAAAACAUUUAAUAAUUGCUACUUUAUGGAAACUUGGAACUUUAAUGGAUAUGAAGUAAUUACGGAUAAGGCCAAAACCACGUGGUGUCGAGCGCCAGGGUCGAUGGAAGCGAUUGGAAUGGCUGAACUUCUUAUGGAACAUAUUUCAUAUGAGUUGUCGUUAGAUCCAGUACAAGUAAGACUUGCUAAUUUAGACAUUAUAAAACACAGCGCUAUUAAAGAAAUGUAUGAAACUUUGAAAUCGAAUUCAGAUUAUGACGAAAGAAAGGAAGGGGUUGUAAAGUUUAAUAAAGACAGGUGGAUGAAGAAAGGUAUAAGGACAUCUUUUUUGAGGUGGACAUCAGAAGGUGGACCGUUUUUAGAUGUUAACGUUGCUAUUUACCACGACGAUGGCACUGUUGUCAUUACCCAUGGUGGAAUUGAAUUAGGACAAGGUAUAAAUACAUUAGCAAUACAAACUUGUGCAUAUGUUUUCAAAAUUGACGUAAACAAGAUUCAGGUUAAAGGAAAUAAUACUAUUAAUGUUGUAAAUUGUGAUGAAACUGGUGGAAAUUCUACUGGAACAAGUGUGUGUAUUGGAGUCCAAAAAUGUUGUACAAUAUUAAUGAGUAGGUUAUUACCAAUUAAGCUAACAAUGCCCGAUGCGACGUGGGAAAAGGUUAUAAAAACAGCAUAUGAAUUACAAAUAGAUUUACAUGCACACUGCGUUGCAAAACGAAGUGAUAAUCCAUUAUACUAUAUCUACGGUGUAGCAUUUGCAGAAGUGGUAGUCGACAUAUUGACAGGAGAAACGGAAAUUCUCAGGGUCGACUUAAAUCAAGAUGUAGGACGCAGUAUAAAUCCUCAAGUAGAUAUUGGACAGGUAGAAGGUGCAUUUAUCAUGGGUCAAGGAUUUUGGACUAGUGAAGAUGUCAUUUAUGAUUUAGAAACAGGACAAGUGCUUACUGAUCGUACUACUAGCUAUUUUGUUCCUCAGGCAAGGGAUAUUCCUCAGGACUUUCGGAUAUAUUUAAAAAAGAAAUCCAUGGGAAUAGAAAUCCUCUUGGGGUCAAAAGCAAUGGGUGAACCUCCUAUUUGUUUAUCAGUGGUCGUGGCUCUAGCUAUUAGAGAGGCUAUUGUGGCAGCUCGGCUAGACUCCGGUAUACCGACUACUGAAUGGUUUCCUACGGAUGGACCUAUGACGACAGAAAAAAUAUGCCUUUUAUCAGAAACUAAAACGAAUGAUUUUAAAUUUUAUUAACCCUCAUAAGACUGAAUAACUACAAUAAGUAGUUGUAGUUAUUCAGUUUAGAUAAAUAGAUGAUGAAAUAUUCUAGAAAAGUUAUAUUAAACAAGUGUCAUUUCUAUUAUAACAAAUAUGUUUAUAUUGAUCAAAAUGAUCAAUAUAAACAUAUUCGUCGUUCGUUGAUCAAAAUGAUCAAUAUAAACAUAUUCGUUAUAAUAUUAUGUUGACAUUAAUUAUUCUAAAAAAAUAGAGUACUGUUAAAAUAAUAUUAAGAGUGUAAUUUAUACUACCUAUAUAUGUACUUAUAUGUUAUAAUUUAAAAAGUAAAUAUAUUUACUACAAUAUUCGAAACUUGUUUAGUAAUAAAAUUAGUAUGAAUUGUAAAUACAUAAUAAAGUUUGUACACACUAACGAUAAAAAUGUGAUAUAUUGAAAAUACCUAUUUUUGUUUUUUCGAAAUAAAUAUAUUGUCGGAGACAUUUCAUUGUUAUUAGUAUGUGUAAACUUCAACUCAUAAGAAGUAGAAUCAAUCAUGUAGAAGAAAAUUUUACUUAUUUGGAAAUCCGUGCAGUAAUUGUAGCUUGAUUAAGUAACAAACUUUCUGACCCAUGUCCAAAUAUUCCAAAUUUAUGCUUUUAUAAUUUAUGUUCUAUACUAUCAUUAUCUACUUAGUUUCAAAUUACUUAUAUUUAAGUUUAAAAAAUGUAAAUAAAAAUAAAUUACUAAGUUCAUAGGAAUCAAUUAACCGUUGAAGUAAAGCGUCGUGCGUAGUACAAGCGGUAGUGGUCCAGUGAUAUAUUAGUAGUGACACCUAUGAAUAAAAGAUCUAAGGUUCGAUUCCUACUCGUGCUACAUGAGUGUGAAUACCAAUGUGUAUAGUAGUUUUCAUCAAUCCCCAUUUGUUCCCGGUGAAGGAAAAUAUCGUGAGGAAAAUUGCACACUGAUUGACAGUCCAAAUUCACUAGUGUGUUUGUGACUACGUGGUUACCCAGAUGUUGGUGAGUAGUCGAUUAGUGGUAAAAGUUAUGUCAGAUGUCUUUAGGUGACUUGAAUAAAAUCUGACAGUUUUAACGAUAAAACACUAGAAAAAAAUAGAGAAGAAGAAUUAAACGUUUGUGAAUAUGUUGAGAAUAUAAAUAAAAUGGCAGUUUUGAAGGUGGCUCGAUCGUGAAUAGAAACAUCACAACAAUCAAUCAUCACAACAAUUCGUGAUAGAAUUAUAUAGUAGUCAUUAUAGUAUUUAAAUAUACUUACGUAUACUCUUUGGUAAGAGUAUACGAAAUGAAAGAUCAAUGAAAAUGUAAAACUCUAUUU